ACAGACUUCUCGACCCACGUUUAGCUAGCCAAAGAGAAGGUGAGUGUAAAAUCUUUGUUCAUCCGUCGACAACCACAUCACGGGUCUAAACUGAAUUACGCGACUCUCGCUGUGUGUCCUGUUUUUCUAGAUGGCACCAAAGUCGGACAAGAAGAGUCGGUCGGCGCUGAAGGACGUAGUGACUCGAGAGUACACCAUUCACCUGCACAAGUACAUCCACGGCAUAGGGUUCAAGAAGCGUGCUCCCAGGGCCAUCAAAGCAAUCAAAAAGUUUGCAGAGAAGCAGAUGAGGACUCCGGAUGUCCGCGUAGACACCAAACUGAACAAGGCCGUCUGGUCCAAAGGAAUACGAAAUGUCCCAUUCCGGAUCCGGGUGAGGUGCGCCAGGAAACGGAACGAGGACGAGGAUUCUCCUCACAAGUUCUACACUCUCGUCACCCACGUUACUGUGGACAGCUUUAAAGGUCUAGUGACGACUACAGUAGACACUGAAGACUAGAAGGACUUUGAAACAUCAAUAAUGUAUGUCUGUGAAUUGUUCUUUCACUGUACAUGCUCUCAAUAUGUUGUCACCCUCAAAAUUUGAAUGUGGAGUGUGGAUAAGUGAAUGUAGGAGUGUAUAUAUAGGUGAAUGUAUUAUACGUGGG